GGGGAAUCAAACCAGCCUCAUCAUUGUAUUCUUUCUGAUUCUUCCAAGCCAUCAGGUGCAGAAAAGGACAACUCUGAAACUGUGGUCGAGUCAAAGUCAUUGGCUGUAUAUAUGUGUAUAUAUAUAUAUAUACAGAACCUCCGCUAAUUGUUUCGGGGCUACCUACGCGACUAUUGUUGGUCAAUUGCCCAUUGAGCCGCUAUUUUGAUUCAACCACACAUCUAACAUCUGGACGUUGCUGUUCAGCUUCGAUACAAAGGGCAUCUACCAACCACAUCGCUUCUCCCAUUAACCCGGCGCCCGUUACCAUGCGUUUCGGCCUCACCCUCAGAAACUCUAUUUAUCCGCCUUGGAAGGACCAUUACAUCGACUACAAGAAACUCAAACAGCUGCUGCGCGAGCAUGAAACCAGGGACGGCUCGCAGGAUGGAAGUAGUGAUGAAAGCCCCGAAUGGACGGACCAGGAUGAGGAGACUUUCGUUCAGGAGCUUAUCAAUGUUCAGCUCGACAAGGUCAAUGCCUUCCAGGUCAACACCUAUAAGCAACUACGGGAUCGGACCUCAGACUGCGAGGCCAAGCUAGAACCGUUGGUUGUUAAGGAUGACGGUUCUCAUCAGGUAAAGGAUCCCGAUCAGAGGAGGGAGACGGCUGAGAGCGCCAUGAAAGACCUGGAUGCGAUUACCAAGGAGCUUAGUGAGUUGGAAAAGUUCAGCCGUAUCAAUUUUACUGGGUUUCUAAAGGCCGCAAAGAAACAUGAUCGGAAAAGAGGCACUCGCUAUAAGGUAAGGCCACUGCUUCAGGUGCGAUUGUCCCAGCUUCCGUUUAAUUCGGAAGACUAUUCCCCGCUUCUCUAUCGACUCUCGACUAUGUACUCCUUCAUCCGCCAGAACCUGGGCCACAUUGGCCACGAACAAUCUACUGAAGGAGCGCCCGCGGUGGAUGUGCACUUGGGCCAGGAUGCAUAUACCUCGCAUAAAUUUUGGGUGCAUAUGGACAAUGUCCUAGAAGUGAAAACGUACAUUCUCCGCCGCCUGCCCGUUCUGGUUUACAACCCCAGCGUGUCCGCCAAAGACCUACAAAUGACCCAUAAGGACCCCACAAUUACUUCUCUUUAUUUUGAUGGUCCCAAGUUUGAAUUGUAUAACCAGAAGGUUGCUAAAACCCCUGGUGCCAGCUCGUUGCGUCUUCGCUGGACUGGCCAAUUGAAAGAUCGACCAGAGAUUUUCCUAGAGAAGAAAGCCAUGAGUGACGGGGAUAGCAGCAAGGAAGUCAAAGUCCGCCUCAAGGAGAAGCAUAUCAAAUCAUUCCUAAAGGGGGAAUACAAAAUGGAAAAGAUCAUUAACAGGAUGGAGAACCGUGACGUUCUGGCUUCAGAGGAUGCUGAUGCUCUGAGGAGGGAUGUUGAGGAAAUACAGUCCUUCAUUCGAGAGAAGAAGCUCGACCCUGUUUUGCGAGCUACUUAUACUCGAACUGCAUUCCAGAUUCCAGGCGAUGAUAAACUUAGGAUAUCCCUCGACACAGAUCUGGCUCUAAUCAGAGAAGAUUCGCUGGAUUUCGAACGUCCAUGUCGAGAUCCCGAUAAUUGGCAUCGCACAGAUAUUGACGAUAGGGAGAUGGAGUUUCCGUUUUCAGAAAUCCGCCCCGGCGAAAUCUCUCGAUUCCCUUAUGCCCUACUAGAAAUCAAAGUACGAGGAGGUAACCUACGCAGAGCAAACAAGGAAUGGCUGCUCGAUUUAAUGUCAUCCCACCUCGUCAAGGACGCUCCUCGAUUUUCUAAAUUUGUCCACGGUGUCGCAGAACUUUUCGAAGAUCACGUUAACAGCUUCCCUUUCUGGCUCAGCGAACUGGAGACUGACAUCCGUCGAGACCCCGAAAUUGCCUUUCAGGAAGAGCAAGAAAGAAUUGCAAAACAAGCGGAAGAUGAGCUUGCAGUAGGAAGCUUUCUAGGAACAGGUAGUCGUCACAGUCCUUCAACCCGGCCCAUGGUUGGAUCACCCAUCCACAGGGUAUUUUCUGCCGAAUCCACCCCAGCAGAAAGCACGCGGCCAGUUGACAGCACCCGACCCCUCACAUCCGAAUCGCAACCUAUCCCCAUCCAAGAACCAGGGACAUUAUCCCCACCCCCUUCACUGCCACCCUCUCGCCCCUCCGGUUUACUCUCAUUCAUCCCACUCACCAUGUCCCGCUACGCCGCCGCGCACAGACAGCCCUCCUCCCCACUCCCACCCGGAGUUCGCGCCCCACGAACGUGGAUCAAGGACUCCGGCCCCGUCCGCGUCGAAGCCAAAGUAUGGCUGGCCAAUCAGCGCACCUUCAUAAAAUGGCAGCACAUAUGUGUAUUGCUUGCCACGCUCUCGCUAGGUCUAUAUAACGCUGCUUCUGACGAUAAUACCAUUGCGCGCUCGCUGGCGAUCGUAUACACGUUCUUUGCUGUCUUUGCGGGUUGCUGGGGGUGGUGGAUGUAUGUGACGCGGGCGCGGUGGAUUCGUGAGCGCAGCGGGCGGGAUUUCGAUAAUGUGGCUGGGCCCAUGGUUGUUUGUUUGGGCUUGGCUGUGGCGCUUGUGCUGAAUUUUUGGUUUAAGUACACCGCAAAGGUAUGGAAUGCGGAUGAGCCCAGUUCUCCUAAAGGCUCGACUACCUCCCCGGCAAACGCCACCAAGCAGGCUGUAGAGGGUGCGUGGAUGCUUGUUAAUCAAGCUGCUGCCGCGGCUGGCCGAGGGGGGAUAUAAUGCAUGAUACAUGAGCCUAAAUAAUAUUGUAACUGGACGCUCUGGGCAAAUGUCAAUAUAUAUGAAAAUUUAACACCCUAAAAGUCGGAGAAUAUGUCGAAAUGAGUAGUUGUUUGUCCGAAUUGACGAUAGUUUGUAUAUUCUGUAUAUAUCUGAUGAUCUACUAUAUGAUAAACAGUUGAUAGGGGCGGCAGUAAAUAUGGAGACAAAAUCCUGACGAUGAGCUCUUUUUUGGGAGGAUUUUUUUUUCUCCUAUUCCCUUUGAGUAUAUAGCCCACUAUUUUUGUAGUUAUGCUGAAUAUUAUAAUUUUUUGAAUACUAAUUUUUAUAUUGAGUGGGAAG